GUAUAGUUAGUUAUUUAUUGAUUUUCUAUAGAGCUUUGGUGAAAACGUAAACAAACAUGGCUGCGCUCACGGGAGUUUUUAAAAAUGCUAAGCUAUCGGUCAGCCUCAUUGGUCAGUUUUCUCGAUGCCUUUCAAGUUCUGCUCCGAGGUUUACCUAUAAAAUUGUGAGUGACCCAGAACCUGAAAUGGAUUUCAAGAGUUUAACAGACCGUACUAUUCAUCACUUAUUUCUGACUGAGAUUCUACGAGGUAUGGCUGUCACCUUAGCUCAUGUUUUCAAAGAACCUGCUACUAUUAAUUAUCCAUUUGAAAAAGGCCCUUUAAGCCCUCGUUUCCGUGGAGAGCAUGCACUUCGGAGAUAUCUGUCUGGAGAGGAAAGAUGUAUUGCCUGCAAAUUGUGUGAAGCUAUUUGCCCUGCUCAGGUAUGGAAUAUGUUAAUAUUCUUAUUUAGAAUGAUUGCUAUUAACCCUACAGCUAACUUUGGUUUUUCACAUCACAUAUGUUUUGCAUUAUGAUAAUGAUGUAAAUCAUGAAUGCUAUGAAAAAAAUGUUAG